AUGUCCUUCUUGAAAACUGUUGGUGUUGGUCUUUUCUCUAAUAGGCUUGGACUGAAAACUUUAAGGUGCAAACAAGAAGUAUCUAUAUUAAAGAGAUACAUAUCAAAGAAAAAGUACCAGUGGCCUGAAUUUAGAGAAGAGGACUUAGAAGAGGAGUUUAUGCGUGGAAGUGGCCCCGGGGGACAAUCUGUGGCCAAAACUAAUAACUGUGUACAAAUUAAACACUUACCUACUGGAAUUGUUGUAAAAAGUCACGAAUCAAGGUCACAGUCUGAGAACAGGAAAUUUGCUAGAGAGAAACUUGCCUAUCAGUUAGACAUCUUCUAUAACAAGGAAAAUAGUUUCCAUGCUAUAAGUCAGAGGGAGGCAGAGCAGAGUAAAAAGGUUGCUAAAGGAAAGGCAAGGAAAAGGCUGGAAUUGAAGAGAGAGUUUAAAGAAAGAAAAGAUCAGGAGACAAAAGAAGGGGAAGGAUUUGACAACCAGUCAGAGUAA